AUGAAGCAAUCGGGGGCGAAGGUGCACACCUACACACCAACAGCACACCCAACACACGCUCUUUGUCUCUUGCGUGCCCGGUAUAUCAGUCAGAGCCAGCGGAAUGGGAAGAUAAUGAGGCCUCGCCACAUAUCUGGACACCCAUCCAGGGGGAAAAAUGAAAAACAAAAAGAGACGCCGCUGCGGAUGGACAGAAAUGCGUGUUCAGCACAGUGA